GCUCCAGGCCACCUCCUAACAAUGGGAAACUUGGUGGUUGAUCACUGGUUCUCAUUUUUGUUUCUGGCUGCUUGGAUCGGGCUCAAUGUUUUCCUGUUUGUACAAGCCUUCUUGAAAUUUGAGAAGGAAGACAAGUACUACUACACCAGAGAAAUCCUCGGGUCAUCAUUGGCCUGGGCCCGAGCCUCUGCUCGCUGCUUGAAUUUUAACAGCCUGUUGAUCCUGGUUCCUGUGUGUCGCAAUCUGCUGUCAUUCAUAAGGGGCACUUGCUCAUUUUGCAACCGCACACUGAGAAAACCAUUGGAUCACAAUCUGACCUUCCACAAGCUGGUAGCGUAUAUGAUCUGCCUCCACACAGCUAUUCAUGUCAUUGCACACCUGUUCAACUUUGAACGCUACAGCACAAGUCGGCAGGCCACAGAUGGAUCCUUGGCCUCCGUUCUCUCUAACCUAUCUCAACACAAGGAAGACGGGAAUUCUUGGUUAAAUCCCAUCCAUUCCCCAAACACGACAUUGUUGUAUGUGACGUUCACCAGCAUUGCUGGCCUCACAGGAGUUAUUAUCACGCUAGCCUUGAUUCUCAUGGUAACUUCAGCUAUGGAGUUUAUCCGGAGGCAUUAUUUUGAGGUCUUCUGGUAUACUCACCAUCUUUUCGUCGUCUAUAUCAUUGGUUUAGUGCUUCAUGGAAUUGGUGGAAUUGUUCGAGGUCAAACCCAGGAAAGCAUGGAAAAGUAUCAUCCUCAUGAAUGUGCUGAAUCUUUUCAGAAAUGGGGUGAUGAUAAACACAAAUGUAAGCCUCCUGAAUUUGAAGGGCACCUCCCUGAGUCCUGGAAGUGGGUCCUUGCACCGUGCAUUCUCUACACUUUUGAAAGGAUCCUCCGUCUUUUGCGCUCCCGACAGGAGGUUGUGAUUACCAAGGUGGUCAUGCACCCAGCCAAAGUUUUGGAAUUGCAGAUGAAGCAGAAGGGCUUCAGCAUGGAAGUGGGACAAUAUGUCUUUGUUAAUUGUCCUUCAGUCUCUGUCUUCGAGUGGCAUCCCUUUACUCUGACCUCUGCACCAGAGGAAGAUUUCUUCUCCAUUCAUAUCCGAGUAGCAGGGGACUGGACAGAAAAACUCAUCGAGGCUUUUGAACAACAGCAGUCACCAUUGCCCAGAAUUGAGAUAGACGGUCCCUUUGGCACAGUCAGCGAAGAUGUUUUCCAGUAUGAAGUGGCUGUGCUGGUUGGAGCAGGAAUUGGGGUCACCCCUUUUGCUUCCAUCUUGAAAUCCAUCUGGCACAAAUUCCGGCUUGCAGACCAGAACCUCAAAACCCAAAAGAUCUAUUUCUACUGGAUUUGCAGGGAGACAGGUGCCUUUGCCUGGUUCAAUGACCUGCUGACAUCCCUGGAACGGGAGAUGGAGGAAUUAGGCAAAGUGGAUUUUCUAAACUACCGCCUCUUCCUCACUGGAUGGGACAGCAACAUCGCCGGCCAUGCUGCAUUAAACUAUGACAAGACCACUGACAUCUUGACAGGUCUGAAACAGAAAACCUCCUUUGGGAGACCCAUGUGGGACAAUGAAUUUUCUUCUAUAGCAUCUGCCCACCCCAAGUCCGCGGUGGGGGUUUUCCUAUGUGGUCCUCAUGGUAUAGCAAAGAGCCUGCGUAAAUGCUGUCACCGACAUUCCAGCCUGGAUCCCAGGAAGGUUCAAUUCUACUUCAACCAAGAAAACUUCUGA